UCUAUUUGGUUACCAUGAGAGAGUCAGGGUAAGUAAUCACUGCUGUAAAACCAGUUCCAAGUAUUAUUAUUGUGCAUUUUCUUUUUAGAGGUGUUUAAAAUGUGCACAUUAUUUUCCCUUAUUUGAAUGAAUGUAUGUAUGUAUGUAUGUAUCAUGCCGGGUCGGUCCGGUAUUUUCCAUCACUAUCCUCGGGUCGGGCGUGAUCAAGCUUUUUUUUUAACUAUUAGCUUAGGGGCUUUUUGGUACGGGCAACAUUAUGUUGGAUAAUAAUUAGACGAAAUAUUCUCAACACUAUUCUUUAUGUGAAGCCAACAAAGUUGCACAAGUCAGACUACGAAAUUGCAAAAGGCAACAUGCGCUGUUUUCCUCCACUAGCAAGCAUAAUAGCCUACUGCCUGAAUUGACUGGUGCGCACGAGUGUGUGUGUCAAGGCUUGACACUGACGGCGCCAGGGCGAAAUCGACUUUGGCUAGUAACAAACUGAGUCUCAUAUGCAUUUGCCCAUGAUUUCUAAAAAUAUUUUAGUCGGAGAUGUCGCUGUGGUCUUGUGAGCCUUCAGGCACUCGCAUGUCUCCCGUGUCAGAACUCGAUGCUCCGCCUCCACUUGCGUCUGACUUAAAAUAGCCUACCACUGACAAGUCUCCGGUUUAAAUAAAUUAACCAUCAACUGACAAGCGACGCAAAAUCUAUAUUUUGCAAUCUGCCUUACAAUCCAGUAGUGGUCAUCAUCAAAAUGACCAAGGACAGAGGUAUACGACAUGAGAAAAGUAAAGAAGUUUGAGAUCAGUUUACAGCAUGAAGACAAUAUUAAACGGACUAGUGAGCAUGUAAUGUUCCGCUUAUUGUCGGCCUUGUUUUUUAUUUAGGCCUACCUGGAUGCUUUUCAACACUAUUCUUUAUGUGUAGGCUAGCCUAUAAAGUUUCACAAGUCAGACUACGCAAUUGCAAAAGGCAGCAUCAUGCGCAGUUUUCCUCAACUGGCAAGCAAGCAGGUAACAGGUAACACUGCUGUGCUGAAUUGACAUGGCGCACGCGUGUGUGUCAAGGCUUGGCACUGACGGGUGCCAGGCGCCUAAAAAUCGACUUUCACGAGUAACAGACUCAGUCUCACUAGGCAUUUGAACGGUAACUUAUUGGAAUAUGAUUAGUAAAAGAAUUUAGUCGGAGAUUUCCGUACAUGCUCCGCCUCCACUUACGUCUGACUACCACUGACAAUUCUCCGGUUUAAAUAAAUUUGCCAUCAACUGACAAGCGACGCAAAAUCUAUAUUUUGCAAUCUGCCUUUACAAUCCAGUAGUGGUCAUCAUCAAAAUGCGCAUUUCCGCUUUUCCUAAUUCAUGUAAUGCUCAUAAAAAUAGUCAUUUGAAUGUUUUUUCACGUCUUUGUCGACACGCAUACGCAGGAUAGGCCCUACAUCUUAUCUACAUAGGAUAGGCCCUACAUCUUAUCAUCUCAUCUACACCUCAUCUUAUCUGUGUCGUCGAUGGACUGCAGAGAUGAAAUGCUGGUUCAUGACUAGUUUAUGGCUUUCAGUGCAGUUUUCUGCCGAGAUUGUGCGUGUGGUAGCCUAGGCGAUCUUCUCGAGAGAAAACUAUCAAGGCUUGAACGAGAAGUUGUGUUGUGUAGUUUUCCCACUACUGGUUUAAAUGUAGGCUAUGGAUGAUGGUGACGAUGUGACUGAGAGAGAGGUGCGCGACGCGUGUCUGUGUGUAGAAUCACGAGCGCAUUGAAGAGUUGGUGCCGAAAGCUGUACUGCCGUGGAGUGACGGACAGUGUCCGUGUGGACGACAGCGUGUCUGUCUGAUCUUAUUGCACUUAACAGAGUUGGUGGUUUUUUGUUGUUGUUCAUGCACGACCUUGUGCACGUCAUGCAAGUGAGAAUUCAAGCUAGUUAGGAACGGUGAAACAUUUGACUACAUGUUAUUAAAAUGUCCGGAAGAUGAAAACUCGGCCAGUCACUUUGUCUGGCAGAUUUUUUUUGUAACGGAAACCCUGUUAUGUAUGUAUGUAUGUAUGUAUGUAUGUAUGUAUGUACAAACCCCAACUCCAUAGAAGUUGGGACACAAGGUAAAUUGUGAAUAAUGAAAAAAAUGCUGCCAUUUUCAAAACAUCUGAUUCUUACAUUAUAUGGAGAACGGCACAAAGAAAACCAUCAGCCAUCAAAACUGACCAAAAUUAUUUUUUGGGGGGAUAUUCAUGAAUAUGUAAAAACAACACCUCUCAAAAGAGUUGGGACGGGGACAAUAAAAGGCAGCAAAUGCCAAGGAAGACUAAAAACUAAACAAAAUACAAUACUUAACAGUUAUAUACAUUAACCGAUGAGAUGAUUUUAUUAAAAAAAACGGUUAAUUCCCAUAUUGGACAAGAUUGCACCAGCUUAAAUGGAGGGUGUAUUCCCUGUCAUGUUUUGCGAUGUUUUCCUUUCUGUGGUGCUUACAGCGUGACAGGUCUUGACCAAAAGCCUGCCAUUUUAUCACCUGGGUCCUUAUGAUGGAGUUAGACUAUUAAAACAUAGUAGAGAAUGUAAUUUGUCCUUACUAUGUGGCAGUAAUUGAAGAUCUCCCUUCAAAAUACAACACAUGAGUGACUUUUCAUGCUGUUUAAAACCCAUUUAUAUAAUUCCGUACUGUAUUUAAACUCUACAGAUGAGUGAGAACAACUUAACCAAUGCACUACUGCACCCCCAUGCCAUCAUGGAGGCAGACUUUUGAAGUUAGCACUAACACAAGUUGGAUGGUCCAUUUUCACUGUAGCAAAGGAUGUGCAAGACUAUUAUUUUCAAAAAGAAUUGAGUUCUGCAACUUCUGCUGACUUCUGUAAGUAAAGGUUAGUUUCCCACGUCUUCUGGGUCUAUUUCAAGUGAGCUCGGGUGCAUAGGAGAAUGUUAAACCCCUUUGCACACAUUAAGCAUUCUUAAUAUGGUCAAUUUCCAAUAACUAUAAUUCUUGGAGUGCUAGAGUGAGACUACAGCUGAUAUAUAUUUCAUGAUGCCAUGAACCUAUAAUAUAUGAUAUGAUUUUAGUGACAAAAAUAUGUCUCAUAUACACUCAAUCAUGGUAAUUCAAAGGAAAUUCAAAAAUGUAUGUAAUAACUAUGGUGAUUAUUCCCUCUGCAUUUUUAAUUCUGAGUGACUCUGCGAUGUUCUUAUACCUGGACAUUCCUAUUGUCCCUCAGUACAAUUCAUUUUGAAAUGUUCUUCUUUGUUGUUUUGUCUUAUUUGUAUGUUUAUUACAUCUCACUGAUCCCCGCCCCAACUUAUUUGAGAAGUGUUGCAGCUAUCAAAUUGGAAAUGAGUACAUAUGUGCCCAGGCCCGUCACUAGGUUUGAGAGACAGGGGGGGCUUAGCCCCAGAGGAAGAAAGUGUGCGCGCGCAGCGCGCAUCGAAUUUUUUUCAGCUCACCUGCUAAGGUUUUGUCUAUGAAUUCAUUAUUUUAAGAGCAAAGAAAUCCUGCACACUGUCCAUUCCACCAACAAACUUUAAUACAUUGUUUCGGUCAUCCGACCUUCUUCAUGUUGUGUUAAAGUUUGUUGGUGGAAUUGACAGUAUGCAGGAUUUCUUUACACUUGAAUGACAACCCCUCUGGGAUAAUAUCCUACGCACCUGCCCACCUACGGAGGUGUGCAAAAGCGUCUUCUUGAACAAUUAUUUUAAGAGCACCAUACCGAUUUUUAAACACUAGUUACAGUGAUUUUUUUUUAAAUUCACAUUUUAAUGAACAUUCCUUAUAUGUAAGCUAAACAAAACUUUUCAAAAUGUUUCAACUGUUUCAAGUUAAAAUGAUUAGAUAAAAAUGCAGAGAGCAUAAUUUACACAAGGACUAGGAACUUUAGAAGUUAUUAACUGCACAUCUCCAGGAGAAGCAGUGGUCAGGAAGAGAUUCAUUCAAACAAGUUGGAAAACUAUGCAUCUCCAGCAGAUAUUUGGUCAUUUUUACUCCAUUAGUAGCUAUUUUAAUCAGUUCAUGUGUGUUUUCAAACUGUUAAGACAAAUAUUGAAGCUCAACUAUAAUUUCAAGACAAUGUCAAAUUGAUUUAUUACACGGGUAUUGUGAGUGAAAAUUGAUACUUUGGGUCUGAAGAUUUUGUCUGUGUAAGUAAUUACACUUUUCUCGAGGUGUUGUUAGUCACAAAGCACAAUCCUCUACCUGUUUCCCCCCCGCAUAACAUAUUGCUGUGCACCCUGCUUUUAUUGCUGUGCAGUAGGAUAUAAGUGGCAUUAAACAAUAAAUAAGCAAACAGGAACUUGUAUUCAGAUUAACUUGCCUUCUUGGUGGUUCGUAUUCAGUGCUUCACUGCAGUUGUUUUUGGAAAAAUGCAAAAUCGUUUCAGGGGGGGCUAACACUAAUGUAGGGGGGGCUAAGGCCCCCCUAAAAUAGGCCUAACGAUGGCCCUGUAUGUGCCCCAAAACAAUAUUUUUUUCUCGGUUUUAACACUUAAUAUGUUGUCUUUUCACUAUUAUCCAUCUAAUGAAUGGUUUGAAUGUUUUAAAAAGGAUAGCAUUUUGAUUUUAUUCACAGUUUACCAAACGUCCCAACUUCACCGGAGUUGGGGGUUUGUAUGUACCUACUGUAUGUAUGUACGUAUGUGCAGAUUGAGCCAAAAAUGUGGGGUGAUUUUAAAUGUUUUGAUCUUAGAAUUGAAUUAAAAAAUGAAUCAAAGUGAAUAAAAUGUCUUUAUGAAUGUAUAGCAUUUGACUAUAUAAAUUAAAUGUUUUCAAUGAUUAAAUUUUCUUAAUAAUUCCCAUCUUCAGGUGCUGAUAUGCCAUAGCCUAAAAGCACCAUGGCUUCGGGGGAGGAAGACAUGCAAAACCCAGGAUUAGCUGGGGACCCACCACAACAAAGUCAUGCAGCAUUUCUGGGUAAAUUGGGACUUUUGGAGUUCUAUCCAAACAGACUCACUCUGAAAUAUCUAUUGGAGAUCAACCAUGACACAAUGUCAGACAAAGAAUUGCUGUCCCUCAAAGACGUCCCUCUAGCCUUUUUGAAAAAACUACUCAUGGUCAAUACAAAAUGUUGGAAUUACACAUGUACAGAUUCUGAAACAACACCAAACAAGGAUAGUGAUAAUGAUGAUGAUGAGGAGGAGGAAGACAAUGAGUAUGAUGGAGAGGAAGAUAUGUAUUCAGAUGAUGGCAAAGUCAAUCCCCUUGAUUUAGUCACUGCUCUAUAUCAUUGUGCUGACAGCUUUUUACAGCAGGAAAUGGCCAUUAAGAUGUCUAUGUGUCAAUUUGCCAUCCCAUUCCUAUUGCCUCAAUUUAGUGAAAGCUGUUGCUCUCUAAUGCUGUGGGCUCUGAGAAAUAUUUACAAAGAGUGGCGUCCUCGUGAUCAACUAAACACCAAACAGUAUGUUGAAGACAGCGUUGUCCAUGCACAGAUACCUGUUCUUUCCUUUGUGAGACUGGGGAACUGCAGCCUAUCCAAAUCACAGCUUCUCAAUCAUGUCCUAAGCAAUGCACAACAUAUCAAUGUGUUCACUCAUCGAGACAUGAGUGGAGGGAAUGCCCCAAAGAAGAUUGCAAAUGGCUUGGUAGAGAUUGCCUGGUGUCUUCCAAGUGGGAAAAGUACCAUUGAUGUCUUCCCUGAACCGGUGGCAAUUGCUAAUAUGAGAGGAGAAAUUAGCUCCUCCGACACACAGUUCAGCUUCCUCAUGAAGGUCUCUGCAGCAGUUUUCGUGUUCCUGGACACAAUGACUGAUGAAGAACGACAGUUGCUAGACUCACAGGGUUCUCUAAAAUCCAAAUUAUUCUUGGUGAUAAAUACUCAGAGAAAGGGGCUUCAAAGGAAAUAUACCAAUGCCUUAAAGCUAAAAGAGGAACGAGUACUUAGGCGAGAGCGAAGAUUGAACAUGGCAGAGUCAAAUACCCUAAUCACUGAUGCAAUGAAAACGGCCCUGAAAGAAUGCACAGAGAUGAGCACAUUAGAGGAAAUGUCAGACAUUGCUCUUAAUAUGGGAAUCUCUGUGGAUGAAAAUAAAGUAAAAGCUUCAGUGUCAGCAAAGGCAACUGCAGAAACAAUAAUGAAAGGCAUAGGGAAUAGCCCAGUAGAAGACUACAAGAAAAUACAGUUGCCAUUACAAGGUGACAUUCUGAAGGAACUUGCAAAGACUGAAAUUGAGGCAUGUAGACUGCAGAACCCUGGUUCUCUGAGUCUCGAAGAACACAAGGCUCAACUUCAUAUGAAAAGACAAAAGCUUAGAGAACAUCAGCGCACCAUCAAGAUAUCUGAAGCAGCAGGGAUGUUCAUUCAAGCACUGUCCACUGUAGACAAAGAUGAAAGAGCAUUCUUUCUCAGAUGGAUAGCACUUCAGUUAGAUAGGAAAUCACGAAAACGAACGAACAGAACUCCGCAGAGAAUUCCAAGAAGUUUGCAUGGGAAAUGAUAAGAAGUCAAUAAAAGAGCUUGAUCAGAAGCUUUUGGACAACUCUUUGGGCAUAGAGCACUACCUGAGAGAAAUGGGACAGAUCUAUGAAG